ACACCGCACUAAACUCGCACCCCUUUCAGCGAAAAAACGAAAGAGAGAGGGAGAAAAAGGAAAAUUACGAACUUUCCGGGAAAAUUUUUUUGUUGCGAGAAAAUAAUGGGAAAGAGAAAAUUCCCCGAUUUCCCUUUUUAGUCGAGAGAGAGCGAGAAAAAAAAAAAAAAUACUUUUAGCUAUUUGAGAAAACAAGGGACGACUUUUUGGAUUAUUGUUUUCGAUUGUUCCAUUCAUGAAUUCCGUUAGGGUUUCGUAAUUUUCCUCUCUUCCAAACAAUCGUUGAGGUGGUUUUUGAAUAAACUUUGUGGAAAGUUUUCGUCUUUCUUCGUUUUUCAGUUUUGGGUCGUUGAACCGAGAAUCUGUUCUGGUGUUCCUUGAAAGUUCAGAGAGAGAGAGAGAGAGAGAGGGAAAAUAUGAUGGCUGUUUCUUCUUCUUCAGCUACUGUCGCAGUGGAGAAGGCGACCAGCGAUCUUCUUAUGGGCCCUGAUUGGACCAUGAACAUCGAAAUUUGUGAUUCCAUCAAUUCUAAUCAUUGGCUGCCAAAAGAUGUGGUAAAAGCUGUGAAGAAGAGAUUACAACAUAGGAGCUCAAAAGUUCAAUUACUGGCUCUCACGCUUCUGGAGACAAUGGUGAAGAACUGUGGUGAUUAUGUGCACUUUCAAAUUGCUGAGAGGAACAUAUUGGAGGAGAUGAUCAAAAUUGUAAGGAAGAAGGCAGACAUGCAAGUGCGGGAUAAAAUUUUGAUCUUGCUGGACUCAUGGCAAGAGGCAUUCGGGGGACCAGGUGGAAAAUAUCCUCAGUACUAUUGGGCGUAUGAGGAAUUAAAGCGAUCUGGGGUAGCUUUUCCCAAGCGUUCACCAGAUGCAGCUCCGAUAUUUACUCCACCUCCUACUCAUCCAAUGAUAAGAAAUAUGCAAGCUGGAUAUGGGAUGCCAAGCAAUUCAUCAAAAACACUUGAUGAAACAAUGGCAACAGAGAUAGAAAGUUUAAGUUUGUCAAGCUUGGAUUCCAUGCGGCAUGUUUUGGACCUUUUGAGUGACAUGCUACAGGCUGUGAACCCUGGUGACCGUGCAGCUGUAAAAGAUGAAGUAAUCAUUGAUCUUGUGGAUCGCUGUCGCACAAACCAAAAAAAAUUGAUGCAGAUGCUAACAACAACUGGGGAUGAGGAGCUUCUUGGACGAGGCCUUGAAUUAAAUGAUAGUAUUCAAAGUUUGCUUGCAAGGCAUGAUGCAAUUGCUUCCGGUACUCCCUUUCCAAUUCAAGGAGAAAGUUCCAGCACUGUGUCAACUGAAGUUCACUCUAGUGUCAAUCAAACCGAUAUAAAGAGCUCAAGCCCUGCAGAAUCUGCUUCAACAUCUAAAGCUAGCCCUUCAACCAUAGUCUUAUCUGAAACUAAGGGCCAGAGUGAUGAAGAGGAAGAAGAUGAAUUUGCACAGCUAGCUCGAAGGCAUUCUAGGGCACAGCCAGUGACUUCAAAAGAUACUACAACUGGAUACAAUGAAAAUUCAGUGUCAAUGAACACUAGCAGCCCAACUCCACAUGUGCCAGACACGUCAAUCUCGGUCCCAUCCAAUGCAUUAGCUCUUCCAACCCCACCUGCACCAGUUAGUACUGCAAAAGAUCAGGACAUUAUUGACUUACUGAGUCUCACUUUGUCCACAACACCAUCUUCCCCACAGCCAACCUAUGUGCCAUCAGCCUCUAGCCAAGGCAUGCAUCAGAUGCCUGUUCCCCCCAGAACAGAAGAGUAUUCUUAUGCUUCCCAAACAUAUCCUGGAAAUUUAACAUACAACAGUUAUGUUGUCCCUUGGGCUCAACCUCAAUCUAAGUCAGAAUUUCAAACCCAGCCUCAACAACAUAUGUAUCAAUCCCAAUCACAACCCCCGACCCCAUCCUCAUCUCAACAAUUACAUACACAUUAUGAAUCAAAACAAGUACAGCCUCAUCAACAAACCCAACAAGCGUGGUCGCAGCCCCCGUCAGAACUAUCACAAUCACAACCCCAACCACAACCACAAUCGCCGUCUGUAUUGCAAGGACAACCUCAGUCACAACUGCAGAGUCAACAUCUUCAAUAUUGCCCUCCGCAACAACAUUUGCAACCUCAAAAUGAACCCCAACCAUUACAGUUUCAGCCUCAAGGCCCUCAACCCCAACCACACUUACAGUCUCAUCCUCAACCCCAACCCCAUCUACAAUCUCCACCACAACCUCAGCUACAGGUAGAGUCUAGGCCCCAACCGCUACAAGUUCAGCAAUCUCACCCACGGCAACAAUUUCAGAAUCAGAAUCCUCAAUACCCAGCAAGAUAUCCUCCCCCACCAUGGGCGGCCACACCAGGAUAUCCCAACUAUCAAAACCAUUUAUCUGCCGCAAAUGCAAUUUCAACUCCUCAACCCAAUCCAACAGCGUCAUAUACAUCUGCGCCCUUGCAACAUAACUAUUCAUUCCCUUCCAGAGGAACUGGCGGAUCCACAGUUAGCGGAGACCCUAGGGGGAAUUCUGGAGUGAGAAACCCUGCAAGUGCUACCGGACAAAAACCCUUUGUUCCCUCUUACAGGUUAUUUGAAGAUUUGAAUGUUUUCGGGAAUGCAGAUGGAAAGGUAAAGAUGACAGGAAGUGGCACGUCAUCCAACUUGUCCGGGACAAUGGGACCUGGUAUGGUUGGGGGGCGUAAGUGAAACCUUAUUCUAAUGUAUAAAAAUGUGUUGAUAUGCUGUAUAUCGUCGUUAUUGUUAGCUUCUUCACAUUUGGAGCUUAUGUAAGUUGUUCAGAUUGAUGAUACAAAUGACACCUUCCUAUUUAUGAGUAGAUCAUAAAGUCAUUUGUUUUGAGUGUUACCUCAGACGAGACUUGGGAACAUUCUUUGAUAUUAUAAGAUUUUAGUUUCUGCUUUCGUCGUGCUUCUCUUUCGCAACUUAAUUGAUCUUAUGCCACCAUAAAUGCAUGCACGUGUCAUUGUCAUUAUCAUUCACAUUAUUGAUAGCCAGUCAAAU